AUGGAAGAUAGAUCUCCGCCUUUCGAAAAGAAGAUGACAAAAGAGACACCAUGGUUAGAUGGAAGCGGAUACUUGAAGCGAGGCAAGAAUGGAAAGUUGGCUGUCAAGCCAGCUCCAGUACCAAAAACAAAUCGUGGUGAAGAGAUCAAGGAGCCUCUUGAUUGGUAA